AUGGACUCCAACAUACAUGGGUUACACACAAAGUACUGGCUCAUGAUUACAUUGGACAUGAAUGAAUUUGGUUGUAUUACUUUCGAACAGUGCUCAAGGAUGCCAGAUUGCAUAGCUGGUAAUGGCAGACCUACUGUCUUCUUAUUUAAUGCAGCAACUGGAGGUCUUCCCAGCCAAGAGGUUACCUUUGCUUAGAUUGCCAAACAACAGGGCUGUAAGACGGCUCUUAUUACAGGGAAGUCCACAAAUUGGGAGGAAGGGAUUUGGGUCCUGGGACCUCUGAGUCAGCCAGGGAACAUCCCCAGCGGCAAACGGGUAGACAAACCCACCGGCAACAUGGACUUGUUUACUACAGUGGUGCAGCUGAGCGAAGCUUCAGUCCCAGAGGAGUGGGAGAUGGAUGGUCAUGACCGAGUGGCCCACUUGAACGCAGUCAGACAGCAUUCCCAAAACAGUAGCUCAGCGUGGAAAGCUUUUAACUUCACACCAAACUCCAACCCAGACCACCAGACAGCCUGUGUCCACACACAUAUCUGCUUCUGCAUGCAGGACCAUGUUCCUCUGCUGCUCUUUGAUCCCUUGAGGGACCCAUCAGAGACCAUGCCGCUCAUUCCUGAAACCGAGUCAGCCUUCUUGGCUGUGAUGGAGGAGGCCACUGAGACGCAUCAGAGGUUGGUGAGGCCUGCAGAGAGCCAGAAAUGGUCAGGGAGCAUGAUGUGGAAACCCUGGUUGCAGCCCCGUUGCUCCACACUCAAACAGCUCUGUCAGUGCCAGCAGGAGCAAUUGUGA